UGGCAAGCUCGGAUUGGAAGGGUUGCUGGAAAUAAAGAUCUUUAUCUUGGGACAUUCAGCACCCAGGAGGAAGCUGCUGAGGCUUAUGACAUAGCAGCCAUAAAAUUCCGAGGACUGAAUGCUGUUACCAACUUUGACAUAACAAGAUAUGAUGUGGAUCGAAUUAUGGCAAGCAAUACCCUUCUUGCUGGAGAACUUGCUAAGCGAAACAAGGAGACCGUACCGGUUAACGAGGCUGCUACUAAUCAAAACCAUGUUGCCCAAACCAGCAAUGGGGAAGCCAUUGUCUCACUGAAGAACAUUAACGAAGGUGAAGAUUGGAAAAUGGCACUUUACCAGUCAUCCCAGCAGCUUGAUCAGAAGCAACCAAGCACUGAACCUCACAAUGUGAUUCAAGCCGAGGCGGAGGACUCUGCCAAAAUGGGGGCUGCUCACGUGUCCAAUGCCUCUUCAUUGGUGACAAGCUUAAGCAGCUCAAGAGAGGGCAGCCCUGAUAAGUCUUGCCUGCCAAGUUUCUUUGGAAUGCCUCCAUCUGCUUCCAAGUUCUUCACAAGUUCAAGUGACACAGUGAGUUCUUGGAUCCCAACAGUCCAAUCCAGGCCAGGACUCACCAUGCCUCACAUGCCAAUUUUUGCUGCCUGGACAGAUGCAUAGCCCUAGGCCUUUGUGUUUUUGCUCAUCUGUGGAAAGUUUUUGCCUCAAUUACAUGCAAACAAUAGUUCAUGUAGUUUUAUCUUACUGGAGGGGAAAUUGUGGUUAAUGAUGGCCUUGGUGGGGCCCUUCUGUGAACAAAGUAAAAGAAAACUUCACUUAUGUUUUAAGCCUAUCGUAUCAAAAUGUUGAAACAAAUUGAGGGGAAAAAGCAGUGAAGAGGCUAAGGAUUGAAGUGAAUUUAUGAAAUGAUAUGCUAAUGGUUUUCAUAAUUUCCAAA